AUGCUUAGGUUGGCUGCGCGGGGCUUAACCCGCGCCUGCUGUCGCGGCACCGAGCGGUGUGUCUGCGACUACGUCGGCCGCGUUGGCUCGUUCAUCACGAAAGUCGUCGACUAUGAGCCUCUCGCGUCCCUAUACUUCUACAGUGGCAUACAUAGCCACCGUGCCUUUCACCUCCUGGUCGAGAUCUGCGCCAUCGAGGGAGCGUUCGUCCGCCAGCAGAUGGUUGUAGAGCUUGUAGUUGGCAGCCAAAGAGUGGCUAUGACAGCUGUGCCCACCAGCCCCAAGGGAGUGAUAGAAAGCGUCGGAAGCCGCGGCUCCGUAUUCGUCAGCCAGCGUGACUCCGAGGUGGAACUCGCAUUCCACCGCAAGCACCUGGUGACCAAGAAGCAUAUAGCUUCAUUGAACUUCAAUGUCGAUCGUGACAUACUGUCUGCGGGCUUCCCGAAGAGCAAAUGGUUCAUUCUUCGCGUGGAGAAUCGUGCUAUUGGACGCGUCAAACUCUCUUUCCACCGGAGUGAGUAUAACCACACUGUGCUUAACUCGAUCACAGUUGAUGCGCACAAGAGCGUCGUGGACUGCCUGGUCCUCCAGCAGUCGCUGCUGUGCAUGCAGGACUACCGGGACGAAGGCAAGCAGCUCCAAACCGAUGUAAGUCACGCAUCAAACCAACUGACGGCUGUGCAGUUAAGCAACGACGGGGUGUUGCUGGACCACGAGAAGAUCUACCUGUUCUCGUUUGCCCUUGAGGGCCCGCUUAUCGCAAAGGAGGAAUGCGCAUCCGAGAUGCGCUACUACAAGGCAAUGCUGGUGGACGGAGCGUGGCGUUGGUGCUUCUGGAGCUCGAAGACCGACUGCCGGGCCGGUCGGCGCCCGCAGGGCUCCGCUGCCAUCCUGGCGAUCAGCACCGUCAUCCGGCACCCUACUGACUACACCUCCUUCUACGUGAAGUACUACACCCGCGAACGCAGCCACGAUGUGAUCCUGAAGGCAGUCGACCGUAACCGCGACGUCUGGGCAGACGCGCUCUUCCUUUUCAUCGCUGAGACACGACGCUACUUGGAGCAUUUCGAAAACUUCGACGCACUAGAGCGUCAAUCCAUGGUCUGA